AGAAGUUUUUCCGGCUAGAGAACUGAACAACUUUUAUGUGUGGAAAAAGUUUUUAAAAUAUAUAUAUAGUGACUACCUGGCACCUCGUCUUUGUUUACAUCAUUAGGAACUGUGGGCAAAAAAUGGUGCGCCGAUAAUGAACUUAAAAACACUUAGAUGAGCAGCAAUCGAAAGUUUUUCAUAAGUUUUCGCCAAAGAAAAAGUUUUGCGGCAGAAGUUUAAAAAUACAAAAAAAUCUUAAUUAAGUUUUAUUUAAGCGGAAAUCGAAAUUCACGGGAAUGAAGUGAAAGACUUUGCCAUCGAAACCAAUCGAAAGUUUGCCAUUGUUGACUUGACAAGUAGUUGGAAAUGAUAAUGGAAAGCAAAUAGUUAUUCGCCCAAACUAAUUGGCCAAAAAGAUUCUGGCCCUUGGCACUUAAAUUGGCAAAUAUUGGUGCGCGAAAAAUGCAAUUAAAAGUCGCGAAUUAAUCGCGAAAAACGAGUGUUUUUCUAUGAAGUGCAACGUUGAAUAAAUAAAAAAAAAAUGACAGCAGCCACCAGCGAUAUGGAUGCGGAUUAUAUGUCCAACAUAUCAGCAGCAACCACAGCUCCAACGUUGGGAGAUGGAAAUUCCACGGAAAACAACUGGACCUCCACUUCGAGCGAAUUCGUCACCGAAAUGGAUUCGGAGGACUCGGCCACCGGCGAUGAUGAGGAAAUGCUGCGCAUCGCCUUUUUCAUCGGGGACUUUGUCCACCAUUACUAUAUUCCCAUUGUGUGCGGCACCGGCAGCAUCGGCAACAUCCUCUCCGUAUUUGUAUUUUUCAAGACGAAAUUGCGAAAACUUUCGUCCAGCUUCUACCUGGCCGCUCUGGCCGUGAGCGACACCUGCUUCCUGGCCGGACUCUUCGCCCAGUGGCUGAACUUCUUCAAUGUGGACAUCUAUAACAGGAACUAUUUCUGCCAGUUCUUCACCUUCUUCAGCUACCUGGCCAGCUUCUGCUCGGUGUGGUUCGUGGUGGCCUUCACCGUGGAGCGGUUCAUAGCCGUCAUCUAUCCGCUGAAGCGCCAGACCAUGUGUACGGUGCGCCGGGCCAAGAUCGUUCUAUCUGGGCUGACCCUGGUCGGGUGUCUACAUUGCAUGCCCUACAUACUGAUUGCCAAGCCGGUCUAUAAUCAAAGGUUGAAUGACACCAUCUGCGAUCUUAACUCGGAGUACAAGGAGCAACUGGCCCUGUUCAACUACUGGGACUCAAUUGUCGUCUACGCGGUGCCCUUUACCACCAUCGCCGUCCUGAACACCUGUACAGGCUGCACUGUUUGGAAGUUCGCCACCGUUCGCCGGACCCUGACCAUGCACAAGAUGAAGCCCCAAACGACCAGCAUGCCAUCGAAUUCAUCGAACUCAUCUAGCGGACCGGCUGCUGUGACCUCGUACCGGAUCUCUGCAUCCCUGAAGCGCCAGAAGUCAACGGGAACGCAUCCGAGUGGACAGCACCAUGUAUCCUGCCGUCAGCAGGACGAUCAGGAACAACAACAGCAGCAGCAACAGCAGCAUAAUCAUAUAACUAAUUGUCAACACCAUUGCGAGAUUACACAGAAGCCAGGUCGUCGCAAAGUUCAGAACUCGUCGCAGCUGAAGGUAACCAAGAUGUUGCUAAUUGUCUCAACGGUUUUUGUCUGCCUCAAUUUACCGAGCUGCUUGCUCCGCAUCGAAGCCUACUGGGAGACGGACGCUGCUAAGAACGAGAACUCUACAAUUGCCCUGCAAUAUAUUUUUCACGCUUUCUUCAUCACAAAUUUCGGAAUCAAUUUCGUGCUUUACUGCGUCAGCGGACAGAAUUUCCGAAAGGCAGUGCUGAGCAUUUUCCGACGGGUAUCCUCCGCCCAGAGGGAGGCUGGCAAUACCCAAGUGACAGUGUCGGAGUAUUGCCGGAACACUGGAACCUCCACCAGGCGCAGGAUGAUGACACAACAUUGUUGGAACGAAAUGCACGAAUUGCAUCCACUUAAGUGAAGGAGAACGAAACAAAAACGCGACAAAAAAAA